CCAAUGACAGUAAUGACAGUUCGUAGUUCAGAAAUUCGCGCCAAACAUAUACAGCGUCGCGUGCUCAAUGUGCUCUGCUUGACACUUUGAAAACAAGAAGAACUUCUCUAAUUUCAUCAAUUACACCUUUAACUAAUAAUGAAAUUCAGAUGCAGAAUGGUUAAUGGCGUAGCCAUGCGGGAUUUUACUAAUGUCGCGAACACUAUCUCACGCCUCGCAAGGACAUGUGUAAUGAAAUUGACAACGCAUGAGGUCUGCUUCCACGUAGGUGAUGACCGGUCGCCAAUUGCUUGGACAGUUUUGUCGCAAAAGCAAUUUUUCAGCGAGUAUACAAUGAUUGGGGUAUCAGAUGAACACAAUGAGAUAUACUUGGAGUUCUCACCUUCUAUGCUGGCUAAAUGUUUAAGCUCCUUGAAAAUGGCUGCUAAAAGUGUGAAAAUAAAACUGACCAACAAAGAACAACCCUGUUUAACGAUUGAAAUAGAUCAAGUACCCUCUUUUAGCAGCGAGUCUCGGCAAUGUGUUCACGAUGUGCCAGUAACAGUAAUUCCUAGAAAAGAGUGGAGUGAAUUUCAAGCACCAGUGGUACCAUCAUUUGAUAUUUCUAUCGAUAUGCCAGAACUGAAACACUUACGAAAUGUUGUGGACCAAAUGGGGAAGAUGAGCCCUACACUAAUAAUAACAGCAUCAAGAUCGGGAAAGUUUAUCCUUAAGGUAGAGACAAGUUUUGCUACCGUUGCAACUCAUUUUCAAGACUUGAGAGUACAGGGAGAAAGUCAAAACCAAGACGAGGAGGAAAAAGUUACAGCUACUGUUGAUAUUAAGAAAUUUGCGAUGUUCUUAACUUGGGACGUCAUUAAAGCGGAUAGUGUGACGUGCAACAUUGUGGCAGACAGACUUAUAAACAUGUAUAUGAACAUUGAAAACCACAUGGAGAUACAUUAUUUUAUUCCAGCGGUAGCAUCCGCAUAGAAUUUUCUAGAAUAAAUCACUUAUAUUUAGUUUAUUUUUUAAAGUCAUCUUUAACUAAGGAAAUUCUGUAUAUUUCAAAAUACAAUAUUUAUUAAAACGGUUA